CUCUCUUUCUCCUCUCUCUCUCCCUCUCCCUGUCUUUAAGUAGGAACUUUCUGUUUUCUUCUCAAAGUUCAACCAAGUCCUCUGAAAUUGUUUGACUCGCUGCCGUAGCUCUGACCAAUGCCUUUGUUCGUUCGCCUUUUUCUUCUUUUCAGGGGCAUUCUGAGUAUCAAAAGGCAAUGCGUCUGCAAGCGAAGCCCACUUCUCUUCCUCUGAGAUGUUUUUUCUGAGUUUCUGCACUUUUUCUUCACGUUGCGUUAAGUCAGAGUGCAAGAAAGUAGACAGCCAUCGCCAGCACUUCUGCGUGAACUCUGUCUGUGUUCCUGACAACAUCAUCAUCAUGCUGCUCGUCCCGCUGCUCUUCUUGCUCUCGCUGUGCGCCGGGGAUGAUGCGCUUCUGGACUUCGCACCCGCCGCCUCCGGCGCUCUGAGUCUUGUUCCACCUGUGAGCGACGCGCUUCCCGCACCUGUGCGCCGCAGGAACGGGCUCGUGCGCGCGGUCGACCGGAUUUACCACGGUGAUGGCAAAGUGGGCUACCUCCUGUAUUUGGACGGCAGGAAAUUUCAGCUGGACAUGGAGAGGGACGAGGCUGCGCUACUACGGCUAUCCCGUCACUCGAGCUCCGAGUACGCGGCGCUGCUGCGGGGGGCGCGGACCACGCACGGGCACUGCGUUUACCGCGGCACCGUGGACUCCGAUCCCGCGUCUCUGGCGCUUUUCGACGUUUGCGGCGGUGCGCUCGAGGGCUUCUUCGCUGUGGUGGGCGCGCGCUACGCCGUCAGACCGCUCGUGAGAGCGCGAGGACGCGAGAGCGAGCUCCACGCGGCGGGCGAUGCGGCGCUGGACAGCGCUCUGCUCUAUUACACGCGCGACAGAUUCAGUUUCGAGGAGGUGCCGGAGAGCGGAGGCUGCGGUACGCGGGACCCGCAACGCAGCAGAGCCAGAGGUGACGCAAAAGCUGCAUUUGCAAGCAGUACGCACGAUGACAGGUGGUGGUGGUUCUCCAGCAUGCUGUCGCGCGCCUCGGGUAAGAGGCGCAGGAGGUCGGUCUCCCGCGCCAGGCACGUGGAGUUGUUGUUGGUGGCGGACGAGUCCAUGUCGAAGAAGUACGGCAAGGAUCUGCACCACUACCUUAUGACUCUGGCCACAAUCGCGUCCAGGUUGUAUGGUCACGCCAGCAUCGAGAACCCCGUGCACCUGUCAGUGGUCAAAGUGGUGGUGGUGACGGACAAGGAGAAAGGACUGGAGAUCUCCAAGAACGCGGCGGCAACACUCAAAAGUUUCUGCAAGUGGCAGAAUCAGCAGAAUCCACUGGAUGAUGACCAUCAGGAGCACCACGAUGCAGCCAUCCUCUUCACCAGGCAGGACCUGUGCGGGCAUCACUCCUGUGACACGCUGGGCAUGGCAGACGUGGGCACCAUCUGCUCUCCGGAGAGGAGUUGCGCCGUGAUCGAGGACGAUGGCCUGCAUGCCGCAUUCACCGUGGCCCAUGAGAUCGGCCACCUCCUGGGCCUGUCCCAUGAUGACUCCAAGUUCUGUGAAGAGCGCUUUGGCUCCACUGAAGACAAGCGCCUUAUGUCAUCCGUCCUGACAUCUAUUGACGCUUCCAAGCCUUGGAGCCGCUGCACCUCAGCCACAAUCACCGAUUUCUUUGACGAUGGACAUGCGGAAUGUCUCCUGGACACCCCUCGCCAACCCCUGCUGGGCCCGGAGGAGCUGCCAGGCCAGAGCUACGAUGCGGUCCGCCAGUGCCGGCUGGCCUUUGGGCCCGAGUACACGGUGUGCCCCGGGAUGGACGUGUGCUCACGACUUUGGUGUGCCAUCAUCCGCCAGGGUCAGAUGGUCUGCCUCACCAAAAAACUACCUGCCGUGGAGGGCACACCCUGUGGCAAAGGUCGUAUCUGCCUACAUGGCAAGUGCGUGGACAAGGCCCGCAAGAAGUACUACUCGACUUCGAACCAUGGUAGCUGGAGCUCGUGGGGUCCCUGGGGUGGAUGCUCUCGGACGUGUGGCGGAGGGGUGCAGUUCGCUCACCGCCUGUGCAACAAUCCUGCGCCACGCAACAAUGGUCGCUACUGUACAGGCAAGAGAGCCAUCUACAGGUCCUGCAAUGUCACACCCUGUCCCCCUACCAGUAAAAGUUUCCGUCAGGAACAAUGUGAGGCACGAAAUGGUAACCAGGUGGAUCCUAAGGGUGUGAAGACAUUUGUGGAGUGGGUGCCAAAGUACGCUGGAGUGCUGCCUGGUGAUGUGUGCAAGCUCACCUGCCGGGCCAAGGGCACGGGAUACUAUGUGGUGUUCUCCAACAGGGUGACCGAUGGGACAGAGUGCAGGCCCUUCAGCAACUCGGUGUGCGUAAAGGGAAAGUGUGUGCGCACCGGCUGCGACGGCAUCAUCGGCUCCAAGCUGCAUUUUGACAAGUGCGGGAUCUGUGGAGGAGACAGCACAGGCUGCAUCAAGGUGGUGGGCAACUUUACCAAGAAAAGCAAGGGCUACACAGAUGUGGUGAAGAUCCCUGAGGGUUCCACCCAUAUCAAGAUCCGCCAGUACAAGGCCAAGGACCAGCCCCGCUAUACUGCCUACCUGGCACUGCGCAGGUCCGGUGGGGAAUACCUGCUCAAUGGAAAGUUUACAAUCUCCACUUCAGAGACAAUCAUCCAGCUCAAUGGCACUGUGCUCAACUACAGCGGCUGGAGCCAGAAGGACGACGCGCUGCAUAGCAUGGGCCCCGGGCCCCUGCAGGAGAGCCUUGUCGUGCAGAUCCUCGCCACCGACGCCAAGCGGCCCCUCGACAUUCGCUACAGCUUCUUCAUGCCCCGCAAGGCCGCCCCUCCCCCCACAGAUCCCCCGCCCCCGGCCCCUCCCUCCCCGCAGUGGGUCACGGGGCCGUGGCUGACGUGCUCCAGGACGUGCGACGGUGGUUGGCAGACACGCACCGUGCAGUGCAAGGACACGCAGGGAAAGCUGGUGAAAAGCUGCCCGCCAAACACACGGCCUUCUGCCUUCAAACACUGCCUCAUCAAGAAGUGCUGAGGGCCUCAGCAAUCAAUCACAGACCCUCGCGGAUGUGUGGUGCCCUGGAACGGACACACAGACACGUGCAGACCUUCAGCCUGUUUAGCUUUUGUCUGCUUUCAUUUUGAGUAUGACUAUUGUUUAUUAUUACGAUUUACCAUUAAUCAACGUUGUGUGCAUUAUUAUUAGAUUUUUCUUGUACUUGCGUCACUGCCUCAUGUGUCUGUACACCUGACAAGGGCUCUGAAAGGGGAGCGCGCCCUCCCCCGCCUCACUAUCUCCCGUUCUCCUUUGACCACAAGAAGCUAAUGGACCAAAAGACAAGGCUGGGGGCAAAGUUCUGAACCGAUAGGACAAAACUGGACAAGAGCUCUGCUGCUGC